CUCUAAUUAGCAUCCAUCCGUCCGGUCGGCCAAGAUGGCAGCUCCCAUGCAGCAGCAGGGUUUGACAGCGGGAGCCACGGGUCCGCCUGCACCUCCGGGCAUGGCUCAGCAUUCGGGCCCUCCGCAGGGAAGUCAUCCUGCACAGAAUCCGGCAGCGAGCGAAAUAAAGUUCGACAAUGUAGCCAAAGUCAAAGCCUUGGUGUGGUCGCUCAAAGACGCCUUGUCGAGCCUCGUGCGUGUGGCGGCCACCAACAUCUAUCAUACAGCUGCAGUGGACAACGGAGUGCGGUCUAAUUCAUCGGACGAAUCGGCCCCUCCGCGCUUGGACAAGUCUCUUGAAGAUUUCUUCUCGAUAUGCAACCAAAUCGAACUGAAUCUUCGAACAAUCCAAGAGUGCGCACUGCAGCUGAGAGACAGCCACCAGUACCUUCCCGUUCCCGUGGUCGCCACCAAGCCAGAGCCUAGUACCGCUCAGGACGGGACGCUUUCGUACAGCCAGUACAUCAACACCAUUCGUGCGCAGGUCAGCUUUGCGAAGGCGGUGCAGGACGUUCUGAACGAGGGGGCUCGCAAGAUCAAUCAAGACUGAUCCCACCCACCCGGGCCAUAAUUUUGUGCAUCACCCAGAUUAUGUCGAAUUUGUGUUUAUGCUCUGUGCAUGGAGUUGCAGCUAGCCUUACCUUGAAGUGGUCGGUAUCCCUUGAAACUUGCAAGACUGUCUCACAGGUGAUUUUGACGAACAUCUUGGCAUUUGACGAUUGCUGCAACUUGGCAGGGCUAACUCGUUGAGCUUGCAUCACCUUUUUCUUUUUUGGCCUAGUAGGCUCAGAUUUACGCACUACAUCUUAUUACACUCAAGUCUGCUUCCAUUUCAACUGAAAACUCCAAUGGUAGCUUGAGCAGCUUCUUUGCCAUUGAAUUUGUGGGGUAUCAAUUGGUGUUAGUGUUACAUGGGGGGGGGGGGGGGAUUGGUGGGUUUAUCUAGGCUGUUUCUAACAGGAAGUGCUUUGAACUUUAAUGUAGCAUCAUUGUCAUCCUUGUAAUUGUACCUACUUUUUCAUUCCUGGGUUUCAAGGAAACAAGGAAAGUAUGAAUCUCUGCAUGGAGUCUUCUGGUGUAGAGCAUGCAUCUUGUGCUGGUCUUGUAGUUUCUGUGUGUUUACUGAACGCCUGUGCCUAUAUUAAAACCAAAUGAAGCCGAGUAGGAAUAUCUUUUUACUAGUAAAUCAAAUGCGAGCAGCUUUAUGCGUUACAACACAGUCCACAACAAGAGUGUGUCAGCUAUCAAGAACUGUUCAAACAUUAUUGAUUCAUUGAACAACUGCACACUAUGUAUGCUUUACUUAAGCAUGCAACAUUUUUUAGCUAUGUUAAAAUAUCUUCUCACCUGUUUCUACGCAAAUUUCUAUCAUGCUGUCAAAACGCCACCCCUAAUUUUUAGCUACAGAGUUGCACAUCGCCACGUGCUCCGUUUUGUUUGUCUUGUUCUCCAUAUGCAGUGUCACCUUCCUUUUUGGCUGCACCCGUUGAGGCUUAUUCAUACACUUCUAACCGAAUACGACUGAGAGAGACAAGACCGGUUUUUAAGCCUCUUCCGACGUCUUGGGACCGGAUGCGAUGCUGCGGAGCUGGUCCCAACACGUCGUAAGAGGCUUAAAAACCGGUCUUGUCUCUCUCGGUCGUACUCGGUUACAAGUGUGUGAACGAGCCUUUAUCGUUUAUUUCUGUUGGCAGGCCCCCAAGAUAUAAAGUAGAAUGUUUUCGAAGGUUCCGGGCAUACUCUUACAAUUCUCUAAAGUACCAUGACUGUGCACACUACCUAGAGCCAGGCUGCACACAGUGGCAUUUGAUUCGCCAACCGUGCUUGUCAGCCUUGCUGCUUCGAGCUGCUUUUCUUUGUGGGCACAAGCUCGCCCAAUAAGCAGUUUCUUCGUUGAAUCGUCUUGUCACUUAACGCGUGCUAUUACCUCCGUGCAGCAUCUGGUGGAGGUAAAGGCACGCGUGAAGCGACAGGAAGAAGAUUCAACAAAGAAACUGUUUGCUGAGCAAACUUUUGCCCACAAAGAAAAGUAACUUGAAGCAGCAAGGCUGAUGAGCACAGUUUGUGGUCAAUGAAUUAAAUGCUGCUAUGUGCAGCCUGGUUUUACAUAUGCACAGUCAUGAUUCAUUCAAGAAUUGUUAGUGUACGCCCGCCACCUUUGAGAACAUUCCACUUUAUGCAUGAUGAUCAGCCAACAGCAAUAAGUGAUAAGACACUAGCUAGUGCUAGAAAAAAAAAUAGAAAGGCCUUUGAAAAGAGAAGAUGACAAUGCAUAUGGGCACCAACCCAAGCAAAACCGAGCAUGUGGCAAUAUACUUGCCAUGAAAAACGAGAAAAUUCCUUCAGAGUGGUGACUGCCACUGUGGGAGAACGCAAUAUUAGACGCUCCAAAAAUCGUGUUUCAUUUCUUGCAGCUUUAUUAAAGUUUUUUUUUCUAAAUCAACCCUUUUUGUGUGGUAUGGUGGUCAUAAAGUCAUGCUAUAUGUGAAUUUUCCUUUUUGUUGUAAUGAAAAUGGGCCACAAAGUACUCCUCAAGUAUUCCGAGUUCUAUGCCAUCAGUGCGUGUGACAGAUGAAAGAAAGGAUUUGCAUAUAGAAGCCAGAUUUGACAAAUAUUCUCUUUUUUUCUGGCUGUGUUCUAUGUUGCAUACAUGUAAAAAUCUAGGCAUUCAUAAAUACUUUGUCAGUGGCCUUCUAAGUGUAAUCAAGUUCGAAGGAAUCAGUCUACCGUAUGGAAAUCUGAAGUUUUUGUGCAAGUGAACAAUCACCGCACUGAUUUGGUUGUGUUCUGAGCAUGUUGUAUACAGCUUGUGAAGCAGACCAAAAUUUGAAAAUAUUUGCUGCUUAUUCCUCAUCAAUAAAAAGCUUUUUUAUCACA